GUACCGGAAGUACUUGUGUGUCACGUGUAGCCUCAUCGAGACUUGUGUUGGAUAUUUGACAAACGCGGCAACUUUUAGGCCUUUAAAGUACAAACAUCCAUGUCAGAAUGUAAAACGAUGAGCUAGAGCGUUUUUUUCUCUCUCAAAUAAUAGACUUAGCUGCAAGUCUAGGUGCAUGAAUAUUUGUUGACGGGGACAAGCGGUAUAAAGUGGAUGGGUGAAUGGUGCUGACCAGUUAGACGUCAUGUUGAUCCACAGGACGACAAACAUGCGGCCAUUCAAGUCUUUACUCGCACACACACAAGGACUCUACUCGCCAUUCAAGAGUUUAGCAGCCAGACUUGUCACACUCAGACAAGGACUGUGCUCGCCAUUCAAGUGUUUACUCGCACACACACAAGGACUGUGCUCGCCAGCGACCAAUCAACAGUCGGACGAGGUGAGGACUUUGCUGCAAGUCUUCGUGGACACACACUUUAUUUCACCCGGUGAGAGCAACGUGGGACUGUUCGGGCGUGGGCUGAGCUGCAGCUACGGGCCGCUGGGCAUGGAGCUCCGCAGGAAUGUGCUGCAUGAGUGGUGGUCCUCCGUGACGGGCUCCCGGGCUCAGGUGUUCGGCAUCAACACCCCGAGCAGCACAUGUGGACACCUGGACAAGACACACCUGGACAAGACACACCUGGCCAAGACACACCUGGACAAGACACACCUGGACAAGACUCACCUGGACAAGACACACCUGGACAUGACACCAUGUGAUCACAUGCAGAGCAAGGAGCAUCUCAUGCACAUCCUCAGGAACAACUUACUUCACGGUGCUCUGGAACAGUUUGUCCCCUCCUUUGAGCUGGUGAACAGGAAUCUCCCUUUUGGCCUCGCUGAGACUGGUCGCUGUUUCCACUCCUCAAAAGAUGAUGGCUCUGCUGAAGUCACGUUGGCAUCUCUUGUCUGGUUCUGCUCGCCUCGCACGUCCUCUCAAUGGUUGGACCACUGGGCUGGACAGAGGCUGAAAUGGUGGAGAAAAUUUGCCCUGGCUCCGUCCGACUUCAGCAGCAGUGACGUCCCGCAGGAGGAACUGGAAGGGCCUGCGUCCCGAGGCGUGAAGAUCUUCUACAAGUUCCCGUGGGGCCAGGAGCCCCUGGAGGUGCUGUGGAGCCGAGGAGACGGCGAGCUGAUGGAUGCUCACACAGGCGUGCGCUCCAAACUCCUGAGUCCAAACGGGCGCAAAGCCAUUCCUCACGUGGUUUCUAUAACGGGGAGGGUGGAGCGUGGUUUGUUGGCCUUUCUGUGCAACUCCCUGCACUUGCACAAGAGAGAAGAUGCCAGGCAAAGAAAGAUGCUGAAGUUGCAUCCACUGUUGGCGCCAAUCAAAGUGGCAUUGGGUAUUGGCAGAGGAGCCACCAUGGAGCUGAGGCAGGUGUGUGAAGGCCUGCUGCAGGAGUUGAAGGAAGCAAAGAUCUCAGUCUGGCCAGGACAUCUUGAAGCAACAUCCACACCACUGGAGCAGCUCCACUGCAAGUAUGACGAGAUGGGCGUGCUUUUUAGCGCGGUCAUCAGCGACAAGACGCUGGAGAGCGGCCUCCUGCAGGUGCGCGGCAGAGACACGGCCAUUAAAGAGACCAUGCACAUCUCCCACCUGAAGGACUUCCUGUGCAGAUACAUCUCUGCUGCAGACAACAUGUAAAUACAUCUGUGCUGCAGACAACAUGUAAAUACAUCUCUGCUGCAGACACGUAAAUACAUCUCUGCUGCAGACACGUAAAUACAUCUCUGCUGCAGACAACAUGUAAAUACAUCUCUGCUGCAGACAACAUGUAAAUACAUCUGUGCUGCAGACAACAUGUAAAUACAUCUCUGCUGCAGACAACAUGUAAAUACAUCUCUGCUGCAGACAACAUGUAAAUACAUCUGUGCUGCAGACAACAUGUAAAUACAUCUCUGCUGCAGACAACAUGUAAAUACAUCUCUGCUGCAGACAACAUGUAAAUACAUCUCUGCUGCAGACAACAUGUAAAUACAUCUCUGCUGCAGACAACAUGUAAAUACAUCUCUGCUGCAGACAACAUGUAAAUACAUCUCUGCUGCAGACAACAUGUAAAUACAUCUCUGCUGCAGACAACAUGUAAAUACAUCUGUGCUGCAGACAACAUGUAAAUACAUCUCUGCUGCAGACAACAUGUAAAUACAUCUCUGCUGCAGACAACAUGUAAAUACAUCUGUGCUGCAGACAACAUGUAAAUACAUCUGUGCUGCAGACAACAUGUAAAUACAUCUCUGCUGCAGACAACAUGUAAAUACAUCUGUGCUGCAGACACGUAAAUACAUCUCUGCUGCAGACAACAUGUAAAUCAUUGCUACAAAACCCUAUCCACAAAUAUAGUCAAUAUUUCAGGAUGAACUUUACCAAAGCUUUGCUCAGCCUUUCACAUAAAACAGGGGUGUCCAAACUUUUUCCAUUAAUGACCUCCCAUUAAAAAAUCAAACCAUGCGAGGACUUUUGAUAUUUUUCAUUUUCAAAGCAAUGGAUUUGUUUACCUUUAGGGAUCCCCUCAGGUUUGUUACCAGGCACCCACAAUUGUCUGUCAUUAAAAUGUUAAAAAAAUGUCAAA